UAUAUGUAAAUUAAUCGUAAUAAACUGCAUUAGAUCAAAUGUGCAGAAAACUUUUUAGGUUUCUUCGCUACAAAGGUCAAAUAUUUGAUGAUGGAUCAUCUGCAAGACAAAAAAAAAGAGAAAUUUUCUGCAUAUUUAUUUGUAUUAAUAGUCGCAUCACAAUUGUGCAAUAGUAAUUUGCAGUAUAAAUUCGAGAUUACCCAUAUUUAAUGUGAUUCAAUCAAAUGCCUCGACAUGCGGAGGUCGCUCUUGUUUUUGCUUCUUGCGGGCAGUGUUUGUUGUUCUGACUUUCACCGGAUCGAGAAGAGGUCUUACGAGACCUACGAGGAUGUGGACGAUGUACCUGAUUUGGGUAAGACGUCGGUUAUCCGAGGGCUGGCGAUCGAGAAAAGGGUUUUCGGAACGAACACCGUCUUUCGGCCAAGACAAAUGUUGCAAAAUAAUGGAAUAAAUAGUGCUGGAGUUAUAACGAUUACGAAGGAAGUAGCAGUUCGUGUGCCUCAGCCGUAUAGGGUUACCGUGACAAAGGCAGUACACGUACCUGUUCCUCACCCAUACCCAGUGUUUGUGCCAAAACCGUAUCCGGUUCCGGUUAAAGUGGAAGUGCAAGUACCUGUGCCCCAUCCGGUUCCAGUGAAAAUUAUUGAAGAAGUACCCAUCGAAAUUCCGGUUUAUGUGAAUGUUCCCGAUCCAGUCAAAGCCGAAGUGCCAAUAACAAAACCGUACCCGAUUAUAAAACACGUCGGUGUUCCAUCGCCUGUAUUAAAAAAUGUACCCAUCCAUCAAGGACAACAUCCUUUUAAAACAAUACUUUUCAAUCAUUUCCGAAAUAAAUUAUCCAAGUACAUAAAUUCCCCAUUAAACGGCGAAUUUAACGGCUAUGUACCCAGCAAAUUCGGCGGCAUUUACGGCAGACAAGGCUACAACACGUACGCCUCCAAAUGGAAAUGGUGAUUGAAAUUUAGAGAUUAUUAAAAAAAGUGAAUUACAGGGUUUAGAAA